AUGUCGUCUUUCAGUCCAGAAGACGUACCAGAUCUCUCUGGUAAAGUAAUCUUCAUAACCGGAGGCUUGGGCAAAGAAGCAGCUCUGAUACUCGCCGAACACAAUCCUGGUCGGAUCCUGAUCGGCUCGCGCAGCGAGGAAAACGCGCGCGCCGCAAUCGCCGAGAUCGUCAAAUCCGUGCCAGGAGCGCAACUGACGCCCAUUCAAAUGGAUCUUGCCUCUUUGUCAUCCGUCAAGGAGGCCGCAAGUAAAGUUCUCGCGACAACUUCUCGUCUCGAUGUCCUGAUGAAUAAUGCGGGCAUCAUGGCUGUCCCGCCCGCAACCACGGUCGACGGCUAUGAGAUACAGUUUGGCACGAACCACAUGGGUCACGCGCUCCUCACGAAAUUGCUCCUGCCACUCCUCCUCAAAACUGCCGAGCAGCAACAACCCGGCUCAGAUGUCCGUAUCGUGGCCCUUACAUCACACUCACACACUCGAGCUCCCGAAGGCGGAAUCGACUUUUCAAGGCUGCGUUCUGCUGACCCCGAGUUCUCAAUCUUGACCAAGUACGGAGUAUCGAAGCUUGCGAAUAUUCUGCACGUUAAACAGCUUGCGAAGCGUUAUCCGACCAUCAAAUCAGUGGCUAUACAUCCGGGCAUGGUGAACACCAAUCUCAGCACGACUAUGCGACAGGGUUCCAUGCUGGCGUGGAUACUCAUGCCCGUGGUGUCUUACUUCUCGGCGGUAGACAUCAAGCAGGGCGUUUUGAACCAGCUAUGGGGAGCUACGAGCGCUGAUGCAGAGAGCGGCCAGUACUACGAGCCCGUUGGUGUUGGUGGCAAUGGAUCGCCGCCUACUGAGGAUUUGAAGCUGGCUGAGAAGCUGUGGGCGUGGACCGAACAGGAGCUGGCGGUUUGGGGAAAGCAAGCUAGACUGUAA